ACCACGCUUCUCCCACCCUGUUCCCACCACCACCACCGGCAGCAGGCAAGGCACACCAACCCACCACCGCCUCCGGCCUCCGCCACCUUCUCCACCGGCCCCCGCCACAGCCAGCGCCCGACCACACGAUGGCCGCCGCCGCAGCAGCAGCGGACGCCGGGGACCCGCCGCCCUUGGCCGGCGGGUGCGACGACAGCGCCUGCUCCACGCCGUUCGUCAGCGCGCCGUCCAGCCCCACCCGGGACCGGGACGCGUUCCUGCCUCACCACGCUGCCGCCUGCUUCUACAGCGCCCCGGCCAGCCCCACCCGCGGCGGCGCCAAGGACUUCGGCGCCGGCCUCCUCGACUUUGACUUCGACUUCUCGUCGCAGUUCCCGCCGCCCUCCGCCGCCGCCAUGUCGUCCGCCGACGAGCUCUUCUGCAACGGCCAGAUCCGCCCCGUCCGCCUCGCCGCCGCGCUGCUCCAGCCGCAGCAGCCCCACGGGGACGCCGCCGCGGCGGCGCCCGGACCCGGCGCCGCGCUGGAGGAGGACGGCUGCUGCGGCGACGGCAUCGACGCCGUGCUCGACGAGCGCGGCCGCGUCCGGGGCCGCUCCGUGCGCCGGAAGGCGCGGUCCAUGUCCCCGUUCCGCACGCACUGGAUGAGGUCGCCGGCUCCUGCAGCGCAGACGCCGGCGCCGGAGAACGAGCCCGCUGCCGACGAGGAGCAGGCGGCCGCGGUGACCCCCGCGGCGUCGCGCUCGUCGUCGUCGUCCUCCACCGCGUCCUCCGCCUCCUCGGCCUCGUCGUCCUCGUCCUCGUCCUCCUCCCGGGGCUCCCGCCGCUGGGGCGGGUUCCUCAAGGACCUCCUCCACCGGAGCAAGUCCGACGGCGGCAAGACCCACCACCACCAUUCGCACCUUCCCGCGGGUCCCGCCCCGCCGACCUCGCCGUCCCCGGCCGCGGCGCCGAGGACUUCGGCGGGCGGCCACAGCGGCGGCCGGCGGAGGUCGGCGCACGAGCGGCUGUACGCGGCGCGGCGGGCCGAGGCGGAGGAGAUGCGGCGGCGCACGAACCUGCCGUACCGGCAGGGCUUCCUCCUCUUCGGCUGCAUCGGGCUCGGCCACCGCAGCUACGGCGCCGUCCACGGGGUCGCCCGCGGGCUCAACGCCGCCGCCGCCGUCUCCUCCCGGUCGUGACUCGCGGCCGGCAUGGCCCUGCGGCUCAGCUCCUUGUCGUCGCUGUCAGUGUGGAAGUGAUUAGUGGGUUAAUCUAGUGCCAAGAACUGCAUAGAAAGGAGUAGCUAGUAGGAUUAUUUUGGUGUGAUGUAAACCAGCUCGUUCAUCCGGUGGAGAUUAGUGGAAAGAUGUUAGUUGCCAUCCCUGAUUUCUCAGCUUGUUCACCCGCAACCUGAAAAAUCGAAGCUUUCUACUACAUUUCUGAUUGGGCAUUGUUGAGGGGGGGGGGGGGGGGGGGGGGACUGAACAAGAGCAUUGUAGAAUCUCGCAUUCUUCCUCUGUUCACUGCAGAACUCCUCUGUCCACCUUCAGAGGUAGGGACUCGAAGCAUUUCACUUGUAGGUUCUACCAGUUUCUCUGUUUGGUGUAGUAGUUCAGUUGGGUAACCGUACAGCAGCUUCUGUUUCAGUUCGAGCAGAGCAGGGAGAAAACCGAUUUCAGGCAGCUGUGCCGGAUUGAACA